ACACAGCACGCUAACAUGUCUCCAAAGAAAAAGACCAAAAAGAUCCCAAAGAAGAAACAAGACAGAAGUGAGAAUGACUUGGAGGUAAAGUACAGACGCAGCGUUCUGGAUGUAGCCAUCCUACAGGAUCACAUUGCUGUACAGUGUGAGUCUGUGAGAACGGUCCAGUCUGACAGGAUCGACCUGAGGAGACGUGCGAGAGACAUGGAGCAGAAGCUGCAGCACGAGCGACAAGACCACAGGGACGUCAACUCUAACAUCAGUCGCCAGUACAAAACCAUGCAGACAGAACUGACUAACAAGGCGAAGGGGCUGGAAACGGAGGUCAGCCAGCUAAAUGAAGAGCUUGCUCUGUGUCAGGAGGAACUGAGGAAAGAGAAAAGAGAGAGGGAGCAGAUGGAGCAGGAGAAGGAUGCCACCAUCGCUGAGCUCCAACACAAACUGGACAACAUGGAAACAGACUAUGAGAAGAUCCUGCAUGAUACUCUGGACAGUCUGACCUCGCAGCUCUCUGUGGCUCGACAGCGGUGGGAGGACACGGGCACGACCUUUCAUCAGAACUUCCAGGGGCUGCUCUCUGAAUUUGGCCUGAAUGCAAUGGACCUCUGA